CAAAAUACUACAAAAUCUACUAAUAUCUAAGUCUCACCGGUUUACUGAUGCGCCGAUGCACAUCAUGUCCCUCGCUGGUUCUUUUGUCCCAGCAAAGUGGCAGGAUCCACUAGAACUCCUCCCUCGUAGCUUGACCGCUCUGCGCAUGCACUCUGUUCGCGCGUAAUUAUCAGUGACACGAAGUAUAAUAAGCAAGUCCUGAUGAGCAUCACCAAAAAUGUCGUUUGCCGUGCACAACGCCUGGUGAUCACUGGCUAUCUCAAGGCUGCCUGCUGCAGAGAAUUGGCGUGCUAUAGAUUGGCUGAGUGCCGCGUUAUUGAGCAACUGCCAGGCGUUGUCACUGUGCCGCCGCAAAAUCGCUCACAGAGUCCAAUAACGACACACCCUAUGAUAGAAUGGAUGUCUGACCAUCAGGUUCAUGCGACUGCCGAUUUCAAAUGCAUAUGUGUACACCAGUACCGCUGUAUCCGCUGGCGCAAGUCGAGACCUUCAUACGGAAGUACGUCUUCAUGUUGCCACAGAUACCCUCGAAGCCUCGUCCAACAUCCACUCAACCAAUUACGACACACCGCAAUGUCUGUCCAUGCUAACUGCAUCCAAGAAAGAUCUCAAGGAAGUAAACCAGUAUCUGGAGAAUGUAGAUCCCGAAAAAGUCGAGAAGGUGUAUGACGAAGUCGAUGCAUACGAGUGGAAAACCUCCAAAAUACCCCCAAGCCUCGUCCAACAUCCACUCAAACAAUCACGACACACCGCAAUGUCUGCACAUGUUGACGGAAGUGCAUCCAAGAAAGAUCUCAAGGAAGUAAAACAGUAUCUGGAGAAUGUAGAUCCUGAAAAAGUCGAGAAGGUGUAUGGUGAGGGGAAGUACAUCCCUUGGCACGGCGAUAGAAAGUCUCAGUCCCAAACGAACAUCACUUUUCAGACGAAGUCGAUGCAUACGAGUGGAGAACCUCCAAAGUAUGUCAUUAUCGUCGCGCGGAAGGGGAAGCCGGGGGCGUAUGUGACAUACGAGUCGUCUACUUGGAGUGACUCUGUCAAGACCAUCAUCGACGAGAUGAUCAAAGCUAUCGAGGCCAAGAACGAGGAUGUUAAAGGGACAAUGCGAUAUGACGUAUGCUAAGAGCGAAUGGAUCAGUUAGCAUGUAUGAUGUUUUCGUGCUGU